CGUCAAAGUAGGGAUAAGAAGUGGAAGAGCCUUGGAGGGGAGAAGCUACUCGGCUCCAGUCAUGCAAGUGUCGUGAGGAUGAACAGGUAUUACGAAGGAUACCCGGCUCGACGAAGUGCCGCCACCAUGCUCACACUGCCGCCGCCCCCGCUCACGGAUCCCGGGGCCACGUGGGCUUCGUACACCUCGGAACCCGUCAGAUCUCCGGAGAGGUUCAAGCCCGAACGAAACCGCCAUGGCGUCAACCUACAAAAGCUCCAGUGGAGGAACUCCAACUGGGUCGAUGGAUUCCCCGAGAUGGUCUCCUCAAUGACAAUAGCAGAUGUGUCACCGCGGUUCGCGGUCAAAAGGAUAAUCCUCCUGUACGAAAACACCCAGUAUAGAGAGGCUGCCAAUUUUAUAAACCGACUCAGUCACGGGACUUUCAAGACGAUCCUGAAUCAACUCCCGAUCGACCUAUUCAUCGAGACGAUGCCCCAUUCGGUGAGCAUCCUGGAGGCCCUUUACGCCAAGGUGUUCCUCUCUUCGGACUGCGGCAUCCGCGUCCUCCGGCCGGAAAGUGUGCUCAUGCAGUUGGUGAAGCUUUUCGCCGGCACCGGAUCCCCCGAACGAUGGCUCGGCAGUGCCAGGAAACUUCUCAAAGUCAUCGUACUCUCCGAACCGAAGCUGAAAAAAGCCCUGCAGGUGAAGAGGCGCGCUUUGGACAAAGCCGUCGAAGGGCUUGGGCAACACGGCCUCGUCGGGACGACAGACGAAUCCCUCACGAAUCUACACGACGCUCUCAAAGUCGAGUUCCAGAGGCUCGUCGACACGUACAAGACGGCAUUAUCGAAGCUCGAAGAACUUUCCCUGUCUGGGAAAAAAGACGGAAAACCGACAGCGCCGAUACAGGCCUCGCACCAAAGGCAGUUAUCGCUCACCCAAUCGUGCAUUCAGGAAAGAUUGAUUAAAAACAAAACUUUACUGAACGUCGUCGAGCCAGCAACCGCGAACAGGUCCGCCGCGAUUCUUCUCGCCAUCCUCCAAAGACGCGUUGAGUGCGACAAAGACGCGUUAUUUCAAUUCACUCAAUUGAGAAAAGAGCUCAAAGUAGAAAACGAACAAGUGGUCGCUCCACUUUUAAUGAGAUAUUCACAUGCUUGCGAUCAG